AUGCCUCAAUACGUACAUCCAAAUUUAGAUGAUUGUGAAUUCCUUGCACCUCGUCAGGUGAAUGUUGAUCCUACAACUAGCAAAGUAACAAAAACACUUGUAUGGAAGCCAGAGGAGAUCACCUUAUUACUCGAAUAUUUGUCCGUGAAUUUUUACCAGUGGCAAUAUAAUAAAAGAGACCUUUACAAGUGGCUGAGUAAAGUUGUAUUUCAGGAUAAGUACAGUCAUUUAAAAAUUUAUAGCCAAUGGACAAGGUUACACCAAAAAUAUGAUAAAGAACGACGGAAAACAGAAAAUAAUUGGAUUUAUUUUAAGAAACCAGAAAGAAUUUGGACAAUUGAGCAAGAGAUUUUAUUAAUGGAACUUAUGAAACAACAUAUAGAUGAGUAUAUAAAAGGGCAAUACGAAUGUUUAAAACGAAUUCGGGAAAAUCAUUUUCCACAAUUUUCUGUGAGGAAUGUAACAUGUAAAGCGUAUAAUUUAAGUAAUUUGUAUAAAUUAGGUAAAAAGAGUCGAAAGAAUAAAGAUGAGAAAAAAGAGCAAGAACUUUGGGCGAAAGCAGAUGAAUUUUAUCCGUUAGUUGAUAAAAUAAAACAAAGUAGAAAAAAUUGGACAAUUGAAGAUGAUAUUUUAUUGAUGAAUGUGCUGAAAGAUCAUGUAGAUGAAUAUGUAGAAAAUCGGAAAGAAUGUCUAAAACGAAUUAAUGAAAAUUAUUUUCCAACAAAGUCUGUUAAAAAAAUAACGGAUCAAUUAGAAAGUCUCUCACCGAGAAGUCAUAAGAAUAAAAAGGCUCGAUUAAAUAUGAAAGAUGUAACCGAAAAAGAUCGUGAAUUGUGGUCAAUAACCGAUGAAGUUUUUCAGUUAAUUCCAAAGAAAAGGAAAGAACUUGCUAAUAAAGUUAAUAAAGUUCCACCAAAGCCAAGAAAGAAAAUUUCCAAAACUCUCUUGUUGCCUAAAACAUUGAAAGAAAGAUAUAGAAUUUCUUUUGAUCAUCAAAAUUUAUUUAAUCAAGGACAAGAAACGGCAAAUGUUGAAUGGCCUGAAAGUUCAGAUUCAGAUUCAAAAUCACCAAAAUACGUUAAUAAAGCAGAACAAUUACUUUUCAAGCCGAAAUGA